GACGCUGAUUGGCUGCAGCAGCAUUCCCGCUGAGGUUGCGUAGACUGAACCAGGAACUAGAUAUAUACAAGAUUUCUCUCUCUGGGAAAAAAUGGGAAAGAAGGAUGCGAGUACUGCAAAGUUACCAGUGGAUCAGUACCGUAAACAGAUCGGAAAGCAGGAUUAUAAGAAAACCAAGCCGGCCCUGCGAGCCACGCGACUGAAGGCCGAAGCAAAGAAGAGCGCUCCGGGAAUCAGAGACACCAUCUUGGUCCUCAUGGCCGUGCUGGUCUUCCUGCUGGGGGUUUACGCCUUCUUCUACCUCAACCUGAGCACCGAGCUGAACCUGGACACGGACCUGGACUAAAGAACCCGAAAGAUCACGAAGGAAUCUGCGAGGACAGAGGCUGUUACAGUCAGAAAGUGUUCUACUCCAACAGAACCUCUCAGUGCUCUUUUUGUCUGCUAAGAACCCACUGAUUGGACCCUAGGUUUUGGUUUUGAAGAUGCUGACCAUCUGCUUUUGCACAUUUUAUGAAUACGUUCCUAUGGGUUUCGAAGUUAAUUAAUUGAAGGUAGUUAUUCAGAAUCCAGGUCACCAUAAGUGGCUUUUAGGAGUCCAAGGAAUGAACCACGAUUAAGUAUUUCUUUGCUUAAGGCUUUUUUUUUUUCCUGUUCCAGUGCUUCCUUUGUUUUUAUAUCUUCUGGGAUUUAUGGAAAUCUUGUUGUUGUUGUUUUUUUUCCUUCCCCACAGCUCAGGAUAUUAAAGAUGUAAAGCCGACUGAGUGUGUGUGUGUGUGUUGAGUCAUUGCCCGUCUUAUUAUAUCCUUAAAUAAUCAGUGUUUAUGAAUCGCUAGCAAUAAAAGGCAUAAUUUUGUCAUGAAGAUCUUAGUGAGCUCUUCAUUCCUUAAGAACCUGCAUGGUCCAUGAGUAUGCAUUUGGGGAAUAUAAAGCUUGGCAUUCCAGAUGAAUUUGGAUUUUAUUUUAUAUAUUAUAGCUCAUGCAGACAUUCAGAACUGACUUGUUUUAGUCCAGAGUCUGGAAGUUGGUUUACGGUAUUAUUGCCUGUGUGAAACUUCUUUUGCUCAGGAUUAAUGUUCAGUACAUUUUGUUAGGAAGGAUUUUCACCAGUGGAUGUUCAAUUCAAAGAAAGUUGUUGGGUUUUUUUUGUACUCCAUUUCUUUUGAAGGAUUUUGACAGACCAUAAUAAAACAUGAAUUGUU